AUGACACACUACAAUAGGCUUUCUGAAGUUUCUUAUAACGAGAAGCUCACAGCUUGGCGUUUCAGAGUCAAAAUACAUAGAAUCUACCCUUUUGAUUCAUAUGUUACUGGUAGUGGACCACACUGGGUUUAUAUCUUAGCAGAUGAAAAUAGAACCAAAAUGAAGAUGACCAUUCAUGAAGGCUACGAAGAUAGGUUUAGAGGCCUAGAAAAGCAAGAGGGAAACUGGGUGGAAAUCUUUCGGGUAGAAGUUCACCAUGCCUAUCCAGGUUUCCAGGCAACAAACUCUCGAUUCACACUAAUUGCUACGCGCCAUACGCAAAUCCACAUCAUCAAUCCUCUGAACAAUCGGCUUUACAUGGACUUCAAGAACAUCCAUGAAAUCCCUCACAUGAACCACAAGGACCGAAACUAUCCCAUAGAUAUAAUGGGAGUGGUCUUCAACACGAAAGUCCAUUUCGAUGAUCCUGCAAGGCCAAAUAUGGUGUUUUACAUAAGGGACAACAUGUUCAAUCCGCUUUUGCUAGAGGUUGAGGAGUUCAGACAGUCGGUCAAUAACAGUGACCCUUAUGUUCAGAGGCACGGGGCUAUAGGGCCUUUGUAA